GCACAGGAGGGAAGGCAGGAUGGGGGAGCCCUACAGCAAGGCAGAGACCCUGGCACUGCGGAGGAAGUACAUCGGGCCUUCCUGCAAAGUUUUCUUUGCCAAGGACCCUCUGAAGAUAGUGCGUGCUCAGGGUCAAUACAUGUUUGAUGAGAAUGGAGAAAAAUACUUAGACUGCAUCAACAACGUUGCCCAUGUUGGUCAUUGUCAUCCACAUGUGAUAAAGGCAGCCACAAAACAGAUGGAACUGCUCAAUACCAACUCCCGAUUCCUGCAUGACAACCUGGUUCAGUAUGCUCAGCGUCUCACAGCUACCUUGCCAGAGAAACUCUCCGUUUGCUAUUUUGUUAACUCUGGGUCCGAGGCAAACGAUCUUGCUUUACGACUGGCUCGGCAGUACCGCGGGCACCAAGACGUGAUCACCCUCGACCAUGCUUACCAUGGCCAUGUUACAUCUCUGAUUGACAUCAGUCCCUAUAAAUUUCAUCAGCUGGAAAAAGACAGCAAGAAGGAGUUUGUGCAUGUGGCUCCCUGUCCAGAUAUCUACAGAGGAAAAUAUAGGGAAGACCACCCAGAUCCAGCAAGUGCUUAUGCUGAAGAGGUGAAAAAGAUUAUUGAAGAAGCACAGAAGAAUGGACGCAAGAUUGCUGCCUUCAUAGCUGAAUCCAUGCAGAGCUGUGGAGGCCAAGUAAUUCCACCCGUGGGCUACUUCCAGAAAGUGGCAGAACAUGUGCAUGCGGCUGGUGGCAUAUUCAUAGCUGACGAGGUCCAAGUUGGCUUUGGAAGAGUUGGAAAACACUUUUGGGCUUUCCAACUGCAAGGUGAAGACUUUGUGCCUGACAUUGUUACCAUGGGAAAACCCAUUGGCAAUGGCCACCCUAUGUCUUGUGUAGUCACAACAAGGGAAAUUGCAGAAGCUUUUGGUGCCUCUGGAUUGGAGUAUUUUAAUACAUUUGGAGGCAAUCCAGUGUCUUGUGCUAUUGGUUUAGCUGUAUUAGAAAUAAUAGAAAAGGAAGACCUCCAAGGAAAUGCUACACGCGUAGGAAAUUAUCUCCUAGAAUUGUUGACCGAACAGAAACAGAAGCAUCCCUUAGUGGGAGAUAUCAGGGGUGUUGGAUUGUUUGUUGGAGUGGAUCUGGUGAAGGAUCAGCAAAAAAGAACACCAGCCACAGCUGAAGCCCUUCAUCUUAUUUACAAGCUGAAAGAACACCAAAUCCUUCUUAGUGCAGAUGGACCACACAGAAAUGUACUAAAAUUUAAACCACCGAUGUGUUUCACUAGGGAAGAUGCAAAAUAUGUAGUGGACAAAAUUGAUGUACUUCUCACAGAAAUGGAAGCGGCAACUGGAAGAAAGACAGCAAAUGAUGCAUCUACAAAGGCAGAGUGCAAAAGAAAAACAAAUGAAGAAAAUUCCCAAGCUGAGUCUACUAAUGAAAGCAUCAGCCAUAUCAAUGGAGCUGCCUGCAGACAAGAAAAUGGUUUUUGCUCUGAUAAACGCUCAUUGCCAAGUAACAGAAUACAAACAUGAAGAGGAGAAGAUUCCAUCUUCAGUUUAGAUUUGUUUCCUGUUUGCUAUUGAGACAAUGAGUGCAAUAGUCUGAGUCCUAUGAUUUGUCUGAAGCCUGGUCCUACCUUUCUUAAACUGUUUAAUUCCUAUUAGCUUCAAUAGCAAUUUAAAAUACAUU